AUGCUCAACACUGUUGCAACCAUCAGGGCAACUCGCACACACCACUUCAAUGCCUUGAAAGAGGACGGGGAGCUCAACAGUGUUCCAAAUGAGCGCGAAGCUGUUUGCGAAUAUUGUGCGGCGGCUAAGCAGUCUCGGAAGCCUUUCAGCUCAACGAAGGAUGAGAUGGAAGCAAUGGAGAACGCACGCAAUGACACGUCGGUGUGUUCGGAUGUGCUGGGCGCCAUCACGCCCGUCUCCAAGUCGGGCUACAAGUACAUCGUGAUCUUCAUCCUGAUGCAGAGUCGCUACUUGGCGAUCUACCCGAUGCGCAACAAUAGCGAAGUGUGCGGCGUUUCCCGGGAGACAUUGAAGAAGGUCCAAAGGGAAGCUGGAUUGAGCGACAAAGUCGGCCUCGAGUUUUCACUUCUGUAUUAG